AUGGGUCAACUUAUAGGACAUACUGUUGAAAACGGAUUCAAUUUAUAUUAUAAUCCAGAAAUAAUGCCUAGUCCUUUAGAAGAUCCCACCUACGAUCCCCUGCAAGGUUUUAAUAAUGGAAGGAAACCGAGGGCGAUGGUGGCCACAGAAGACGAAAUGAGAUCGGCCAAAGUACCGUUGGAAGAUAGAGAUUAUUGCGCGCAUUUGUUAUUAAAAUUUUUAAAAUGCAGAAAAGACAAUUGGCCUUUCGUUAUUAAUUGUAAACAUGAAAAGCACGAAUACCUCGAGUGUAAAUACGAAGAUUUCAUCAUAAGAAUGAAGGAGUUUGAGAGAGAGAAGAGGUUGAGGAGCAAAUAUGGCGGACCUUGUACCGAAAAAAUAGACAAUAUUAAGAACACAAAGAAAAAUUAA